AUGAGUCGACAAUCAAACCCAUUCAACAAUGCAAACUUCUGGGAUUUUGUUCAGCACUUUGACCCCAACCAAGCAACUGGCCGCGGAGUAGAUCACCAGACUGAGACUCCAUUUCCCUCUUUCAUGGCCGGUUUCCCCUUUGGUUCGCCAGCUGGCCCUCAUCCUCCUCACCCUCCUCAUCCCCAUGGGCAUGGACAUGGUCCACGAGGACCUCCUCCACCCCCUGAGGCUGACGGCUUCGUCUGGGGUCCUUGGUUCUCCGGUGAAGGUGCUCCCAACAGUCGAACCCAUAAUGAGCAACGCCAGGAGGCAAACGAGACCCAGCAAGCUACCGGAAGUGAGAGCCACGAGUCUGACGAGACCAUGAAUGUCCCUGACCCCGAAGAAGUUGCCCCUGAGGAGAAUCAGUGCGGAGCUCGGCCUGAGUGGGCUGGGCGAGGUCGUGGCCGUGGCCGUGGAGGCCCUCGAUGCGGUCGAGGUCGAGGCCGCGGUGCUUUCCCCCAUGGUCCUCACCAUGGCCCUCAUCACGGCCCUCAUCCUCCCCCUCCUCCUCCCUACGGUGGCCCCUUUGACCUUUCUGGCCUCUUCCGCGGAUGGGGCAACCAUCCUUUCGUUCGCAACAUGCGCGAGCAGUUCCAAGAGAACCAGAACAGGAGCCAGGAGCAAAACACCAACGACUCAUCCGACUCCUCCUUCAACCCACCUAUCGACAUCUUCAACACCGAGAAGUCAUAUGUCAUUCACGUCGCCCUCCCUGGCGCAAAGAAGGAGGAUAUUGGCCUGAACUGGGAUGCUGACCGCAACCUUCUCAAGAUCGCAGGCGUCGUCCACCGCCCUGGCGAUGAGGCCUUCCUCAGCACUCUCAGCUCUGGCGAGCGCAAGGUUGGCAUGUUUGAACGCAACGUAGCUCUGCCGCCCUCGGGAGCAGAUGAGCGCGACGAGGUUGACGGUCUGGGCAUCACCGCCAAGAUGGAGGACGGUGUCUUGGCCAUUACCGUGCCCAAGGCUGAGAAAGAGUGGACUGAGAUCCACAAGAUUGAUAUCGAGUAG